CCCACAGGAAGGCACCAUGACCCGCAAAGGAUGCCUGAGCGUCACUAAGUACUUCCUCUUCAUCUUCAACCUCUUAUUUUUUAUUCUUGGAAGCCUCCUCUUCAGCUUUGGUUUAUGGAUACUUUUUGACCAGAACAGUUUUGCAUCCAGCCUAGGGUCGUCAAUUUUUGCCUUGAAGAUCUGGUCCUAUAUUUUCUCUGGGGUUGGCAUCCUCACGAUGCUCAUGGGAUUCCUUGGGUGCCUGGGCUCCCUCAAAGAAGUCAAGUGUAUGCUGGGAUUUUACUUUGCCUUCCUGCUGCUCCUCUUUGUUGCUCAAAUCGCCAUCGGAAUUGUGGUAUAUACACAGCGCGACACGAUCCAAGUGACUGUCAGAGACUAUGUUGGCAACAUAAUUCAAAAUUACAAAUUGAACGGGUCCCUCACCGAUAAGGAGGAGAGCUGGGAUGUUGUGCAGGAGCAGUUCCACUGCUGUGGAUGGAGUUCCUAUGCAGACUGGCAACGGAACCAGGCGGUGGCCACCAACGGCUCAUCCAUCUAUCCUUGCUCCUGCCGAGACCGUUCUCAGGCUGGACAGCCACUAACCAACCACACGGAGACCCCCAAGCCUCCAGAACGCUCUGAGGGAUUCUGUGUUGCCCGGGGAGAAUGGCCUGUCUACCAGGAGGGUUGCAUGGCCAAUGUCCAGGAAUGGCUGGCCAAUAACAUCAUCACCAUUGUGGGACUCUGUCUUGGGAUUGCUCUCAUGGAGCUCUUCCUAAUGACACUAUCGAUGUUUCUGUGUAAGACCAUCGGGCCCAACUACGACAAGCUGGCUCGCUACUCCUAGGA